AUAUAUAGUCUUCCUGAGAGUUCCAGAGUAACCGAAAGAAGCGAAGCCAUGGCUACAGAACCAAUCAUCCAAGGAGCAAUCUUGCUCCUAACCUUCGUUAUGUUCUGGGCGCUCAAGUACCUCUCUCAACAAGGCCUAACCAAGUUCCGAACCAAACACCGAGCCACGCUCCAAACCCAGCGUCAGCUAAUCCAAGCCUCUCGCCUCCUCGCUCGAGCCCGAGCCACCCCUAAGAAAUCUCAAUCACAGUCCCUCGCCAAGACCGCGCUCACCGAAGCCGACGACGUGAUCGCGAUCUCUCCGGACGACGCCGCCGGUCACAUAGUCCGAGCCUUGUCUCUGGAUCUGCUCGGCCACCACACCGCCGCUCUCAAAUCGUUCGACACGGCGCUGACUUAUCCGAGGCUGAAGUCGCUUUCCGUGGGGGAGCGAGCCGAUGCGCUCGUGAAGAGAGCUGAGAUGAAGGUCGCUGUGAAUCGUAGACGGAGGAAUGAUUCGGCGAUCGAAGAUCUGGAGGAGGCGACGCGGCUCGCCGCCGGGACGGAUACGGCGAGGAUAUUCCGUCUGUUGGGAGAGUGUUAUGAGUUCAAAGGCUUGAAAGAGAAGGCCCAGUGGGCUUUUAACGAAGCACUGAAAGCUCAAUAGAGUUCUGUUAACGGUUCGUGAUGGACCGAGAGUAAUUCGUAGCUAUCUCCCUUGUAACUUCUUUUAAUUUCACUUUGUACCCCGCUUUUUUUUUGUAUUCUUUAGAUUGUGACUAUUGAUUAGUUUUUGAAAAAAAAACUUCAAAUGCUAA